AUGUCACAAUCCCUACGUCCAUACUUAACAGCAGUACGUUAUUCCUUAGAGGCUGCUCUAACAUUGACUAACUUCUCCUCUCAAGAGGUUGAAAGACAUAAUAGACCAGAAAUUGAAGUACCUAACACCAGUGCAGAGUUAUUACUGCAACCAAUGCAUAUUGCUCGUAGUGAGACUGAACAAGUAUUGAUUGAACCAAGUGUUAAUUCAGUACGUAUAAGUUUGAUGGUAAAGCAAGCAGAUGAAAUUGAACAAAUUCUAGUACAUAAGUUUACCAUGUUUUUAGAACAAAGAGCAGAAGCAUUCCAUAUUCUAAGACGUGCACCAAUUAAAGGUUACAGUAUCUCAUUUUUGAUUACAAAUAAACAUACAGAAUCAAUGAAAACAGGUAAAUUAGUUGAUUUUAUUAUUGAAUUCAUGGAAGAAGUAGACAAAGAAAUUAGUGAGAUGAAAUUAUUCUUAAAUGCAAGAGCAAGAUUUGUUGCAAAUGAAUAUCUAGGUGAAUUUGUUUACUGA